AUGAUUCCAUGGCCCUAAAGCUCCCACCGGGAAUGUGGGAAUGGUGUUCACGGAGACAGUGCUGGGCUGGCUGGCAGGGCCAUCCCCGAGGCUGCCAGGGCGGGCACAGCUCGGCCGGGAUGUGAUUCCCAUCACCUGGAGAGGGGCAGGACACAUCCACAGCGCCGGAGCUCAAAGCAGAGCCCCUUCCGCGGGCUGGAUUUUCAGGAAGCGCGCUUGCUUGGCGGGAUGUGUGUAUCACUGGGUGGAGGAGCUACAGGAAGCGGAUAAUAUUUUUUUUCCUCCAUUUGUGCCGGUUCAGACCCUUUUAUUUAAAUACAGUUCCCAUUUCCCAUAUUCACACGGAUUAUGAGGAUGGAGGGAACCAGCCUAUCUCCCAGCCUCAACGGGGGCACAAGCUACUAUGCCCAGGAGGCCGGGGCCAUGGCGCUGGACGGGAUCCGCAUGCCGGACGGCUGCUACGCCGACGGGACGUGGGAGCUGAGCGUCCAUGUCACCGACCUGGGCCGCGACGUCACCCUGCGGGUCACCGGCGAGAUCCACAUCGGCGGCGUCAUGCUGCGCCUGGUCGAGAAGCUCGAUGUCAAGAAGGACUGGUCGGAUCACGCGCUGUGGUGGGAAAAGAAGAAAACUUGGCUCCUUAAAACUCACUGGACGUUGGAUAAAUACGGGAUCCAGGCGGAUGCCAAGCUCCAGUUCACCCCUCAGCACAAGCUGCUGCGUCUGCAGCUGCCCAACAUGAAGUACGUCAAGGUGAAAGUCAACUUCUCCGACAGGGUCUUCAAAGCUGUUUCUGACAUCUGCAAAACCUUCAACAUCAGGCAUCCAGAAGAACUCUCCCUUUUGAGGAAACCCAGAGAUCCAUCAAAGAAAAAAAAGAAGAAGUUGGACGAUCAAUGUGAAGACGACACCUUCGAGCUGGAGGGGCCGCUGAUCACGCCGGGGUCCGGCACCGAUAUUCUUUACAUCGGCCCCGUCAAAGGAAAUAUCUAUUCAAGCCCAGGACUCUAUAGCAAAACGAUGACGCCGACCUACGACGCCCACGACGGCAGCCCCCUGUCCCCCACGUCUGCCUGGUUCGGCGACAGCGCCCUGUCCGAGGGCAACCCGGGAAUCCUGGCCGUGAGCCAGCCCGUCACCUCCCCGGAGUCCUUAGCCAAAAUGUACAAGCCCCAGACGCUGCUCGAUAAGGCCAAAAUCAACCAAGGGUGGCUGGACUCGUCCCGAUCCCUGAUGGAGCAGGAGGUGAAAGAAAACGAGGCUUUGCUACUCCGGUUCAAGUACUACAGCUUUUUUGACCUGAAUCCAAAGUACGAUGCGAUCAGGAUCAACCAGCUGUACGAGCAGUCCAAGUGGGCGAUCCUGCUGGAGGAGAUCGAGUGCACGGAGGAGGAGAUGAUGAUGUUUGCAGCACUGCAGUACCACAUCAACAAGCUGUCCAUCAUGUCCUCGGAAAACCACCUGAACCACAGUGACAAGGACGUGGACGAGGUGGACGCUGCGCUCUCGGACCUGGAGAUCACCCUGGAAGGUGGCAAGACAUCCACAAUCCUGGGUGACAUCACUUCCAUCCCGGAGCUCGCCGACUACAUUAAAGUCUUCAAGCCCAAGAAGCUGACGUUGAAAGGCUACAAGCCCUACUGGUGCACCUUCAAAGAUACCUCCAUCUCCUGCUACAAAAGCAAAGAGGAAUCCAACGGGACUCCUGCUCACCAGAUGAACCUGAGAGGAUGUGAAGUUACCCCCGAUGUGAACAUCUCUGGUCAGAAGUUCAACAUCAAACUCCUGAUUCCGGUGGCGGAGGGGAUGAAUGAGAUUUGGCUGCGCUGCGACAACGAGACGCAGUACGCCAGCUGGAUGGCCGCCUGCCGCCUGGCCUCCAAGGGCAAGACCAUGGCCGACAGCUCCUACGGCAUGGAGGUGCAGAACAUCCUGUCCUUCCUGAAAAUGCAGCAUCUGAACCCGGACCCGCAGCUGAUCCCGGAGCAGAUCAACACCGACAUCAACCCCGAGUGCCUGGUGUCUCCUCGCUACCUGAAGAAGUACAAGAACAAGCAGCCAGGCUAUGUAAGAGACUUGAUCACGGCGCGCAUCCUGGAGGCUCACCAGAACGUGGCCCAGAUGAGCCUCAUCGAGGCCAAGAUGCGAUUCAUCCAAGCCUGGCAGUCGCUGCCGGAGUUCGGCAUCACGCACUUCAACGCAAGGUUCCAGGGCGGGAAGAAGGACGAGCUGAUCGGCAUCGCCUACAACCGCCUGAUCCGCAUGGACGCCAGCACGGGCGACGCCGUCAAGACCUGGCGCUUCAGCAACAUGAAGCAGUGGAACGUGAACUGGGAGAUCAAAAUGGUGACGGUGGAGUUCGCGGACGAGGUGCGGGUGUCGUUCAUCUGCACCGAGGUGGAUUGCAAGGUGGUGCACGAGUUCAUCGGGGGCUACAUCUUCCUGUCCACACGGGCCAAGGACCAGAACGAGAGCCUGGACGAGGAGAUGUUCUACAAACUGACCAGCGGCUGGGUGUGAGCCCCACAGCCCGCCCCACAGGAACCCCACGGCCAUACUCAUCCUUAACUUUCCAAAGCUGUCCCUUGACAUAAUGCUGCUUAAUAAAGUAAGCUUGAAAUAUAUCUUUUUUUUUUUAAUAAUUGGGUUUUUAGUUGGUUUUUUCUUUUUUUUCCUCUCUUUUUUUUUUUCUUCUUUUUUUUCUUUUUUUUUCUCUUUUUUCUCUUUUUUUCUCUUCUUUUUUUUUUUUUUUUUUUUUUUUUUCUUUUUUGCAUUACCAGACCAGUUAAUCUGUGUGCACUAACGAGCACUUCUGUUAAUUUGCUAUAACCAGACCGUGUCUGGGCAGAGUGACCCGCAGAUCCAGACUCCUAUGGGCAGAUCGGGAUAAAGAUUUAACUGACUUUAAAAAGCCAAUUUUUGAAGAGAACUCUAAGCCAUCUUCUUGUAAAGCCAUCCAGGGCUAACCUAUAUGAAGUCUAUUUAUCAUGUUUAAUGCAUGAGUGUUCUAUUUCCUUUUUUUGUGUGUUUUUAUUCUGUACAUUUGACCUGUUUGAAGUCGUCCUGCUCCCGAGCAGAGCUGCCAUCUCUCCUCUCACACUACACCAGGACUCUGAAGGUGCCUGACAUGACUAUGAGGAUAGUUUUGUGUGGCCUCGAAGAUGAUCUUCUGUUAGUCUGUUACAGCUUGGUUUUGUUUAACUUGCCUUUUGAUAAUCAUUUAUAUUGUCUUCUUUUUUUUUUUUAAUUUUAUUUGUACACCGUAUUGUAUUAUGACACUUUUAGUAUUCACCAGCAUAGUCACUGUUCUGCCUCUGAUAUGCAAAUUUUUUCAUUAUGAUAUGAAGUAAAAGGUUUAUGAAGUAAAGGGUUUUGUGUAACUAAUGUAAAGAACCACAAAUUUUAUAAAGUUGUACAGUUUUUGUAACUAGUCUCACAAGCCAGCUAGGAUACUGCAUAGACCAGCAGUAACUGUAGGAUGUCUGCAAGGGGUACGGGGACAAACCAAGGAAUAAAAAACCCGCAAAAAAUACAAUUUCAGUACGGUAAAUUUUGAUCUAAGUUCAAGGGGAUGCCAGAGCUGUGCCACAACUCCCUCAGUAGCUGAUCCCUGGGGCCAGGACUGCCAGGUUCAUUAAGCCAUUCCCGCAUUAACGCUAACGAGGAGGGAUCCCGUGCCCACCUAAUGCCAAGGAAUAACCAGUGUUGCGUUCCUGUAGUCCGUGGUAUCAAGACUAUGUUCAAAUACAUUUUAUUUUAAAUAAAAGUCAAAUCUUUUAUUUAACAUUCA